AUGGCGGCGUUGGCGACGGCGGCAUUUCGCAGAUUCCGGGGUCGGCUGAUUCAGCAACUUGCAGAGCCCUCCCAGACAGGUCUCAGAUUUAGCCUUCGCCUCAUGGGCUCCUCUGCACAAGAUAAGGCCUCCAAGGCAUCUGCCAUUGAAGCCCCAGGCCACAGUUAUGAGUCUCUUCGGGUGACAUCUGUCCCAGGGAACAUUCUGCAUGUGCAGCUAAACAGGCCUGAGAAGAGGAAUGCCAUGAACAAGGCCUUCUGGAGUGAGAUGGUGGAGUGCUUCCAUAAGAUAGCGAAGGAUGCCGACUGUCGUGCCGUGGUGAUCUCUGGUGCAGGAAAAAUGUUCACUUCAGGUAUUGACCUCAUGGACGUAGCUUCAGUCCUCAUGCAGCGUGAGGGAGAGGAUGUGGCCCGCAUAAGCUGGUACUUACGGGACGUCAUCACCAGAUUCCAGGAGACUUUCAGUGUCAUUGAGAAGUGCUCCAAGCCCGUAAUCGCAGCCAUCCAUGGGGGCUGCAUCGGCGGAGGUGUGGACCUCAUCACUGCCUGUGACAUCCGGUACUGUGCCCAGGAUGCAUUCUUCCAGGUGAAGGAGGUGGACAUUGGCAUAGCGGCCGAUGUGGGGACACUGCAGCGACUGCCCCGGGUAAUAGGGAGCCAGAGCCUGGUCAACGAGCUGGUCUUCACUGCCCGCAAGAUGAUGGCUGACGAGGCCUUGAGCAGUGGGCUGGUGAGUCGAGUUUUCCCAGACAAGGAGGCUUUGCUUGACGCAGCCUUCGAACUAGCAGCUGAGAUUUCUAGCAAGAGCCCCGUGGCGGUACAGGGCACUAAAAUCAACCUGCUCUAUUCCCGUGACCAUUCAGUACCUGAGAGCCUCAACUUCAUGAGCUCCUGGAACAUGAGCAUGCUGCAAACCGAGGACAUCAUGAAGUCUAUCCAAGCAGUGAUGGAGAAGAAGAAACUGCAAAGUGUCACUUUCUCCAAGCUCUGA